AUGGCUUUCGUUUCCAACGGCUCUGAGUACGACUUCAUCAUAGUCGGCGGUGGCACGGCUGGCAAUGCAGUUGCUGGUCGCCUUGCCGAGAACCCUGAAGUACGCAUUCUCGUUGUUGAAGCUGGUAUCCCCAACCCAGAUCAGAUCCAGCAAAUUACCACCCCGUCGAAAGCUUUUACUCUACGUGGAAGCAAGUACGACUGGUCCUACAAGACAACUAUGAUCAAGCGCGAUGACUAUGAGCGUGUUGAAAAGCCUAAUACCCGUGGAAAGACCCUUGGUGGCAGUUCAUGUGCCAACUACUUCACCUGGAUUCCUGGAUCGAAGCCUACUUUCGACGACUGGGAGGCUUUCGGCGGCCGUGACUGGAACUGGGACUCCUGCGUGGAGUACCUGCGCAAAUGCGCCACCUACCACGAUGAGGAAAAACUGUAUCCCGCCGAACUUAGCAAGAUUGGAACCGGAGGCCCUGUGCAGAUCUCCCAUGCCGACUUGGUGCCGGAGAUGAAGCCGUUUCGCGAUGCGCUCACUGAGGCUUGGGUUUCUAAGGGCCAACCGCUGAGCGAGGACAUCUACUCCGGCGAGAUGAAGGGUCUGACCCACUGUGUUGACACCAUCUAUCGAGGAGAACGCCAGGGUAGCUUCCUCUACUUGAAGAACAAGCCCAACGUGACAAUUCUAUACGGAGUUCAAUCAAAGAACUUAAUCAUCGAUCCUGCCACGCGCAUCUGCUCCGGUGUUACUGUUAUCAGCGAGGCAGCCGGUCAAGAGAUCAGCAUCUACGCUAGUCGGGAAGUCAUCCUGUCUCAGGGUGUCUUUGAGACUCCAAAGCUUCUCAUGCUCAGCGGCGUGGGUCCGACAGCGGAACUGGCUAAACAUGGAAUCACUCCCAUUGUGGAAUCACCUCACGUCGGCCAGCAUCUUCUUGACCACCCAAUUGUGCCGUUUGUUCUUGAGGUGAAGGAUGGGUACAGUUUGGAUGACUAUGUCCUCCGCCCCGGUCCUCUGAACGACAAAGCACUGUCCACUUACCAGAAGGAUAAGACCGGCCCUGCAAGCUCUGGUUUCCUAGAACUCGUGGGAUUCCCCCGAAUUGACGAACGCCUAGAGAAGUAUCCUGCCUACCGCGAGGCAAAGGCUGCCAACGGUGGACUGGAUCCUUUCGGUCCGGCGGGCCAACCUCACUUCGAGCUGGACUUCGUCGGCUUGUUCAGCACUGCAUUCCAGUGGCAUUACCCUAUGCCCGAGAAGGGCAGCUACAUGACCUGCAUUGUUGAUCUUCUGCGGCCCCUUUCUGAGGGUGAAGUUACCUUGAACAGCUCGAACGCACAGAUUCAGCCCAACAUCAACCUUAACUUCUUCGGUAAUAACUUGGACAUUCUUGCCAUGCGGGAGGGUGUGCGCUGGACAUAUGAUAUUUUGACCAAGGGUGCUGGGUUCAAGGACAUUGUUGUCUCGGAGUACCCCUGGAAGAUGCCUCUUCAAUCGGAUGAAGACAUGAACCGGGCCGUUCUCGAUCGCAGCCAGACUGGAUUCCAUCCUUGUGGUACAGCACGCCUGUCGAAGAGCAUCCACCAGGGUGUUGUAGACUCAAAGCUGCGAGUUCAUGGAGUGCGCAACCUGAGAAUCGCAGAUGCUUCUGUCAUCCCUGUCAUCCCUGAUUGCCGUAUUCAAAACUCGGUUUACAUGAUUGGCGAAAAGGGCGCGGAUAUCAUCAAAUCUGAACACAAGGAUCUGUACGAGUCGAAGAAUAUUCCUUACCAUGUCUCUAGCAGACUGUGA